UAUAAUUUAGAAUGCAAUUCAUUGGUAGCAAUGCAUUGCGUUAUGAAAUGCCACAAUGUAGCUACAAAGAAAUAACACAAAAAAUAAAAAAAAUAAAAAGACACUAUUUUCCAUCAUAUGACUUCUUAAAAAAAAGUUGAAAAUUCAGGGUUUCCGAAACGCUGAUUAUUUAGGGAAACGAAUUUCCCACGACCCCAAAACAGGAAUUUGAAGUUUCUGAGUUUCCGACACGCUUCAGAGUUUUCGAAACGGAGAAUAUGAGCGACGGAGAGUUUCCAUACUUUAUACACUACAACUUCUUUUUUCUACUCGAUGAAAUAGUUAAAACAAUUUUAAAAAUUAGAUCAAAACACGUCAUACAUUAAAAAAAGGCAAAAAUAAAAUCAAUUCAAAACGCUCCUAAAUAAAAAAAAAAACACGACAUAUAUCACACCACUAGUGCACGAUUACCCGAAAUCGGGGUCUUCGGGGAGGAAAUCAGCUUCCCCAAAAUCUAUUUGGUAUCCGAAGAAUUAUUUUUUGUGUAUUUGUUUUAUGAAGCAUCAUAGAAUUUGUUUUAUCUAUUAUUGUUGUCGUUGCUUUACUACUUCCAUAUAGUGGUUUUAUUCCUCGCCUUUCCUUCAAAUUCUGUCCUCUUUUCUUUUUCAUUUUUCUUUUCUUCUCUCUGAGAUCACAAUUCCCUGUUUGUCCGUUGGAAGGCCUGCAACUUCUGAGCAGCGCUAAGCUCUCUCUCCGCACACGCUCGCAUUUCCUCUCUCUCGGCGCUUCAAUGGCGUAGCAUGACCGGAAGGCUGCGCGUUUCACACCAUCGGGUAUGAAUCCCACCGCCGCAGACCAACCCCCGCCGCUUCCGCCGGCGCAGCCUCCGCGCUCCUCCUUCAGCUGCGACCGCCACCCGGAGGAGCAGUUCUCCGGGUUCUGCCCGGAAUGCCUCUGCGAACGUCUCACCACCUUAGAUCAUUCGGCUUCUACUAAUAACCCUUCCUCCUCCUCUCGCCGCCCGUCGACGUCCUCCUCCUCUGCCGCCGCUGCUUUCAAAUCCCUCUUUUCUAAACCAUCAGCUUCCUCCGCUGCUCCAUCCCUUCCCCCUCCCCCGCCUAAACCGUCCAAACCCUCCUCAUUCUUCCCCGAGCUCCGCCGUACGAAGUCGUUCUCAGCGUCGAAGAAUGAGGCGUUGGGCUUCUCUACGGCGUCCUUUGAGCCCCAGCGCAGGUCAUGUGACGUAAGGGUCCGUAACACCCUGUGGGGUCUUUUCUCCAUUGAUAACGAAACGAGACCUUCCACCUCCCAAAACCCUCACUGCAGUGAGAAUGCCGGGGAUUUUGUCAAUAGGCCCGUCCUCGAGUCCAAUGAAGAGGAAGAUGAAAAGGAAGUCUCUAACGAACAGGUCUUUUGUGAAAGCAGAAAUGGAAGCGGUGAAAUUGAAGAAAUCACCGAGCUUCCAGAAUCUUCGAGAAGCCAAAAUAGGUUGGGUGGAGUGAUUAAUUCGGAAAUUGCUGAGGAUGAAUGUUUGAAGGAGGACGUAUCAAAGCCGAUGAAGGAUCAUAUAGAUCUCGAUUCCCAGGCUAAAAAGCAUUCAGGCGGAAUGAUGGAAAUAGCGGGAAGCUUCUGGUCAGCAGCGUCGGUCUUCAGCAAAAAAUGGCACAAAUGGAGGCAAAAACAGAAGCAUAAGAAGUCUAACGCUGGUCGAAGCUCCACCACUCUACCUGCAGAAAAGAAACUUUCAAGGCAUUUCCGGGAAACCCAAUCUGAAAUUGCAGACUACGGCUUUGGAAGGAGGUCUUGCGACACAGACCCUCGUUUCUCACUCGAUGCUGGAAGGAUUAGCUUUGAUGACCCCAGAUACUCUUUUGACGAGCCUCGUGCUUCCUGGGAUGGGCAUAUGAUCGGAAAGACCUUCCCCAGGAUUGCUCCUAUGGUCUCUGUCGUAGAGGAUGAUGCUCCUCCAGUGAUAGACAAUGUUUCAUGUACAGCCACUAAAAUCCCAGUUGAGGAUCCAUUUUCUAUCAUGAAGAAUUGCAUCGAUGAAGAAGAUGACACCCUUCCUGGAGGUUCAGCCCAGACUAGGAAUUUCUACGCAGAUUCUUCCUCAAAAAGGAGAAAGAGUCUUGAUAGGUCUGGCUCUGUCAAGAAGCCGGCAGCAGUUUUUUUGGCUGCUGAGAUUUCUGAGAUGAAGGCCGUUUCUAAUGCUAAAGUUUUGCCUGCUGAUAGGGAUUCAAAUUCCAACUCCUUGAGGGAUGAUUGCUCUGAGACUUCUGAAUUGGCAGGUUUUAGAGAUAAUAAUGCUCCAGUGAUCGGAAAUGGGGAGAGGAAAGGUUCUAAAAAGUCAAGGAGAUGGGCGUGGAAUAUAUUAGGGUUUAUAUACAGGAGAAAUGGUGGUGGGAGCAAAGAUGAUGAAUAUGAACGAUAUAGCAGACCAAAUGGGAUUGAGAGAUCCUUCUCGGCUUCUUGGCAGGAUUUGAGAGGUGGGGUGAAUAAGAAGGCAUUCCGGAGUAAUAGUAGUGUGAGUCGUAGGUAUUCUUCAAGCUAUAUGGGGGGAUCAUUUGGGCAUGGAAGGAAAUCUAGUGUUGAGAUGAGUGGGAAUGUGAGCAAGAGGAAGGAGGAUUUUGGGUUGGAGAGGAAUCGGAGUGCUAGGUUUUCCCCUAAGCAUUUUGACAGUGGUCUCUUGCGUUUUUACUUGACCCCCAUGAGUGGUAGUCGGCGAGGGAAAAGCAGCAACAGGCUAAACGGGACACAUUCGUUUGGGAGGAGCAUGCUUAGACUCUACUCAUGAGAUCCAAGGUCUUACAGUUGUUCUUUACUUGAUUAAUGUUGGGUGUUCAUGUUACAUUAAUUUUUGCUGCAUUCACUGUGUAAUCUAUUAUGUCAAAGUAUUUGUGAUGCUUUCAUGCCUAAUCUGCAUGAAUCUUUGGUAUUUCCAAUAAAUGCAAAAAUUUACUAUUUGGUUGUCCGUGUUCUGAUUUUGGUAUCUUCUUAUGCUUCUAUUAUGGUUUCUAUUGCAAUAAAUAUGUUUCCAGAUGCAUCAUUGUUCCUGAUUGUGGGCGUUCGUAGGCAAGGGCCAAUGAAACCCUUGCCUACGAACGCCUCAAGUUCCGUAAAAACUCUUUAUAUGUGAUUUCUUUUACUAUAUAUAAACUCAUAUGAAUGAAUUGUUCUCUUGGUCUACCCCUAAUUCAGUUUAUGGGAAUUCUAGCUGCACCACUGUUACUAACUAUAACCAUGACCCAUAUUCAGUUCAUUAUUCUGUCUUUCUUAACUAGAGAUUUUCAUUCUCUUCACUGCUCUUGUUGUUUAUCUGUAAUAACUCACUGAUUUUGUGAUAUGGAUAUGAUCAAGUUCUUAAUGGCUUGUAAAGCUGAAAUUACAAGUAGAGGAGCUGUUAAUUUGGUUAUCUUAUCUGGUUUCAAUUAAUAUCUUAGUGAUCUCUCUAUAAAUAGUUUUGUGCCUCGUAACUAAUGCGGCUUCAAAGGAAACCUUAUCUGUUUUUUUGGUGUUUUGUGCUUCCUAUAAUUUCCAGUAGAUGUGUUGAUGGCCAUCUUAAGUUCAAGAACUCACUUGUGGAAAGAUUCUGAAGAACUCAGAGCAAUGAAACAUGAAGCUGGAUAUCAUUAUGAUAUAUGAAGUCGGUUUGGUUCAUGCAUGCGCCUGCCCUGACCUUGUUAUUACCUAAAUUAGAAUCACCACCUACUCUAAAUUGGACUCUUCUGGUUGUGCUUGGGAUGAGAUUUUGUAUUCCAUAUCCUUGUUCCAGCGUUAGGUUAUCAUUGGAUUAUCGCAUCCUAAAUUUAACAGGUCAUUGCUAGCAAAUUGUGAAUUCCAACUGUUAAACACAUUUUGCUGUAAUGUGGCAGUUGGAAUAUCAGGUGAAAUACAGUUUUGGAAUAGACUAUCUCAUCCCUUGGUAUCACAGCCAAGUGCCAAAGCUGCAACUGGGAUGGGGUACCUGUACAGAAGUUCUCAGAACUUUUCAUUCUUGAGACAGUCCUUAUAUCCUGUUUAUUUUAGGCAUGUCAUUUGUAGCACCUUUAACAUGUCUUCUGGUUUCAUACUUUCAUGUUGAAUGGAUGCGUAUAUUGGAUGAUUCAUAGUUGCUUACUGCAUUUCUCAUUUAGCACAAAAUCUGUUUGUUCUGCCCCAGCCCCCAUGUGUACACAUACUAUCCUUGGGUACAUCGUAACAUGGGAGCAGAGCGGGUGUGAGAUAGAGGCUGGAAUGGGGCCUGCUUCCCCGUGCUGGAUCUAAAUCAGUAUUUGCAGCCAUAGCACUGAACUGGACUUAAUCCGGUUCUAUUUUUUUAAGGAAUUGGCUGAAAGCUGGAUAGGAAACAUUUGAUUUGCCCAAAAUUAUUCCACACACUUAUCUAGUUCUGGAACUGGCAAUUCCUGAACCGGAACUGGACAGUUUCUCAUGGGGUUACCCGAGGCUUGUACUAGUAUAAU